UCUCUUUUCACAGGCACUCAGGCAGCCGCAUCCGCCGAAGCAUCAGUGAGCGCAGUCGUUGAGGCUGUCAGCGAAACGUCACACGGAUAUCCUCACUCGGAUUGCCCUCUACGACCUUACCUAUAACAAUUAAAGGGAUACCAGAGCUCUGCCAACUGCUUGGAAUAUAUUUGAGUGUUUACGAAUUUGCACUCUGACUCAAAUCAGAGCUUUCCACACCUAGAGACGACGGAUUGUGAUGUGCGCAUUUGGUUGUGUACUGGACGUGGAAAGAAGGACUGGGAUGGACCGAAUUUAACCAGGACAAGUGUGGUACACUAAAGCGGAACCAAUACAGCUUUGAACCCCUUCUGCGACUGGGCAUCCUCUGGUUUUACGCAUCUCAACUCCAGCGUUGGGGUCCGCAGGAAUUACUGCGCUGAAGCAUCCGAGCGCGCGCCACACCGCAAGAGAACCUAUAGAAUUACAUUGCAGUUUUCGUACAAACCCCGUCUAAUGCCUUUUCUCUUCGGGUAAUCGGAGCGUCCAAGACGAAGCUAAAGAUUGCGAUGCCAGGACAGUGAGAAGGUGGAUCUCAGUUGUUCUUCCUGAACGGUAGCAUGGCUCCGUCCCGGAGGGACUGCAGAUGUGAGAUGAUCUUUUUGUCGGGAUGCCUACUCCUGUCCUUCUCGGGAUUUCAACCUGCAUUGGCGAAGGUUUGCCACGAUUACACAAGGCACGGCCUGGACAACAACUGGUACGCGAGGGAUGGCGAGAAGUUGCCCAUCAUGGUCCUGAUGCCGAUGAACGAAUCAGCGCUGAUGAGCAGCAUCAGUCAAGGCAUCGAGCCGGCCGUUCAGCUGGCCAUCCAACACAUACGCGAGUCCAGGCAGUAUUCCUUCUCACUCAUAACCAAAAUCUACGACACAGAGUGUGACAAUGCGAAGGGAUUGCGGGCUUUCUUUGAUGCGAUCUGCUACGGUCCAAAACAUUUGAUGAUCUUUGGAGGAGUUUGUCCAUCAGUGACUUCAAUCAUUGCUGAAUCUUUAGAGGGGUGGAAUCUCGUACAGCUUUCUUUUGCGGCCACAACACCUGUGCUGGCAGACAGGAAAAAGUAUCCAAACUUCUUCAGGACGGUCCCGUCAGACAAUGCUGUGAACCCUGCUGUUGUGAAGUUUCUCAACUAUUACAACUGGAGCAGAGUGGGAACCCUGACCCAGGAUGUCCAGCGGUUUUCUGAGGUGCGGAAUGAUUUGACCAAUGAGCUGGAGAAGGCAGACAUCCAGAUUGCAGACACAGAAAGUUUCUCUAAUGAUCCCUGUGUGAAUGUAAAGAAACUGAAGGAUAAUGAUGUUCGGAUCAUCAUCGGCCAAUUUGACGAGAACCUGGCCUCCAAAGUCUUCUGCUGUGCCUAUAACCUGAACAUGUAUGGCAGUAAGUACCAGUGGAUCAUCCCAGGCUGGUACCAGGGGAACUGGUGGGAGCAGGCGAACUCCACCAACUGCACCACAAAAAAGCUGCUGACAGCCAUGGAGGGUUACAUCAGCGUGGACUUUGAACCUCUCAGUGCCAAACUAAUUAAAGGAAUAUCAGGAAGGACACCACAAGAGUAUGAGAGAGAGUACAACCGGGAGCGAGAGCAGAAAGGGGUGGAGGCCAGCAAGUUCCACGGUUUUGCCUACGAUGGCAUCUGGGUUAUAGCAAAGACCCUCACCCGCGUCAUGGAGCUCCUAAGACACAAGGAGAGGCAUGACACGUACCACAACUUCACAGUGGAUGACCGUGAGGUGGGCAGGAUGGUUCUGGACGUCAUGAACGAGACUAACUUCUUUGGAGUGACGGGUCAGGUGAUGUUUAGGAAUGGGGAACGGAUGGGGACUAUAAAAUUCACCCAGUUUCAAGAGGGUCAGGAGGUGAAGGUGGGCGAGUACAACGCCAUAGCAGAUAUACUGGACCUUAUCAACAAUACCAGGUUCCAAGGUGUGGAACCGCCCAAGGAUCGGACGUUUGUGCAAAAUAAACGCCGGCAAAUAAACGUCCCCCUUUAUAGCAUCCUGUCUACCAUCACUAUCCUGGGCAUGGUCAUGGCGGGAGCCUUUCUCUUCUUUAACAUAAAAAACCGCAAUCACAGGCUGAUCAAAAUGUCAAGUCCAUAUAUGAACAACCUAAUCAUUCUAGGAGGCAUGCUGUCGUACGCCUCCAUCUUUCUCUUCGGUCUGGAUGGAUCCUUUGUGUCGGACAAAGUGUUUGAGACUCUUUGCACUGUCCGUACAUGGAUCCUAAUUGUGGGUUAUACAACAGCGUUUGGUGCCAUGUUUGCAAAGACCUGGAGAGUGCACGCCAUAUUUAAGAAUGUAAAGAUGAAGAAAAAGAUUAUCAAGGACCAGAAGCUCUUUAUCAUCGUGGGUGGGAUGUUACUGAUUGAUUUGUGCAUCCUCAUAUGUUGGCAGAUUGUAGAUCCCCUGAAGAGAACUGUGGAAGAGUACAGCUUGGAGGCGGAUCCUCAGGGACGAGACAUCGCAAUCCGGCCCUUCCUGGAGCACUGUGAGAACACACACAUGACCAUUUGGCUGGGGAUUGUCUAUGCCUACAAAGGCCUCCUUAUGUUGUUUGGAUGUUUCUUGGCUUGGGAAACCAGAAAUGUGAGCAUUCCAGCCCUGAAUGACAGCAAGUACAUCGGUAUGAGUGUGUACAAUGUGGGCAUCAUGUGUAUCAUUGGGGCGGCGGUGUCCUUCCUAACGCGGGAUCAGCCGAAUGUGCAGUUCUGCAUUGUGGCACUGGUCAUCAUCUUCUGCAGCACCAUCACACUGUGUCUGGUGUUUGUGCCAAAGUUUAUCACAAUGCGAACAAACCCAGAUGCUGCCACGCAGAACCGGAGGUUAAAGUUAACUCAGAACCAGAAGAAGGAAGAUUCCAAGACUUCCACGUCAGUGACGAGUGUUAACCAGGCCAACACGUCCCGUCUUGAUGGACUACAGACUGAUAACCACCGCCUCCGAAUGAGAAUCACAGAGCUGGAUAAGGAACUAGAAGAGGUUACAAUGCAACUUCAAGACACUCCUGAAAAAACUCCCUACAUUAAACAAAACCAUUACCAAGACGUAAACAAUAUCUUGAGCAUACGCAACUUCACUGACAGCAAAGAUGGAGACAAAUCUCUGAAGAACCACUUAGAGCAGAAACCCCAGGCUCAGUGGGGAUCCAUGGAUCCAUCCAGGAUAAGCAGAGGUCUGCUAGAAGACAUCAACUCACCAGAACACAUACAGCGCAGGCUCUCUCUGCAGCUGCCCAUCCUACACCACGCCUAUCUACCAUCCAUAGGAGGGGUGGACGCGAGCUGCAGCAGUCCCACUAGCAGCCCAGCCUCCAGCCCGCACCACAGACACAUGCCCCCCUCCUACAGGGUCAUGGUCUCUGGCCUGUGAGCCCCACCCCAGCCCUGCACUCUGAGGAUGCGAUCAGCUUUUCUUUUUAAAAACAGACUGAGCAAUAUCAGCGGUUAAGCGUGUGAGCAACCCAUGGGAGGGUUCCAACUCUGUAUGCAUCUAUGACCCCCCUCCCACCAUCCAUGACCACUUCAGAGCAGAACUGAUCUUUCAGGCUAUGAGGGAGGUGACUGGAUGUCCUCACACUUGCAGUAACCCACCAAGACUACCAUUCCUUCUCAGUUCUGAUAACCUCCCGUUCCUAACUCAAUGUACUCAACGGCCCCCCAAAACAGCAGGAUCAACAAAGGACAGGAGCUUGUAGCCUUACCUGCUUCAAAGAGACAGAUCUACUAGCAGCCUUUCAACUCCUUUGACAAUAUCCGUGCACAUUGGUUCUGCUGGAACUUGCGGGAAAAGGGCAUUGGAUGUGACCGAGCACUCCUCCUAUUCACCAUGCCAACAGCCAUGUAAAUACCAUAUUGGAACAUCAAAGUGAGCUUUGAAUAUGCUGUAAAAUGAAUUAUUUGGGGGUGUAUUAUUCUGAUGAGGCCUGGUGCUCUGGAAAACUUUACAAACAGUGAACAAACCAGGAAAUAGAUGCAUUCAAAGUUGCAAACUGGUUGGUAUGAAUUUGUUGUAUUGCUUCAGUGUCCCCAUAGUGUGAAAAUAAUGGUAAAUGGUAAACAAGACUAUUAAAAUCUCUUUUUUUUAGCUAAAGAGAACAAGCAAGUGUUUCAGAGAAACACAGGCCAACUGUUCUUGUGUGGAUCAACGUGUAUCACACUUUUGUAGAGUCACACCACAUUUUGUUCUUAAAAAACACUGAUUCACGUAGGCCUGACCUGGUAACAGAGUAUCAAAACAGCUACUUUGAAUUAUAGCUUCAUGUAAUGUCAUAUUAGAGGCAAAGACUCUGAUAAACAUAAGAGUGCCCUCAAAGAGUCCCAGAUAAGAAUGCCUCUGGUGAAAGCCUCCACAAACUGUAGAGUACUGUCGGGUAUGGCAGGCUUAAAGGGUCAGUCUUCCAUUACAGCCGAGUGAGGUGAUCCUGAAUACUUGGCAGUUCAAGGCGCACCCAAGCACAUUUAGCGGGACUAAAACACACAGUUGCAGUCCCACGCUAAGGACGUUGAUUGGGCUGUAACAGAACAAGAAGACUCAUAGAUUGCGAUAAUAACAGGGAAGUAGGACUUUGGUUUUGCAGAGCCAAACCAAAAUAUUGUCGCAGAAAUCUGUGAGGUUACACAAAAGAACUGGUCCACACAACACGAAAGAAGAAAUAUAUUGUAUUAAACAGCGUGGCUGAAAAAUUAGCACAAGUGUAAUUAACGUAAUAAGAGCAAGUGAUGUAUGAGAAAAGCCUAAUUUUGACACUCGGGUCUUUCAGUUUCCCCCUCCCUCUGUUUAUUUUCUCUUCUUUGAAAACUUCCCUGGUUGUAGCUUGGGCUAAAAGGAAUUGAAUGAGAAUAUAGAUCCUGUUCCAAGGGAGAAAUGGCAGAGUUUCACCCCAGUCUCCGAGUGACAUUGUGAUAUAUUUCACCUAGCUCUUAGCAACAGUGAACUUACCUCAUAGUUGCUAUAGAAAUAUUACUGUGUGCUGUGAAAUUUGCACAACGUCUUGCUGAGAUAGGGAGCGUCAGCAUACCAGUUUUGUUCUGUUGUCAUACCAAUUUUGUAAAUCUAUAUCGAGACAACAAAGGAAAUGUAAUCAAAAUAUGAAUUAUCGGAAAUAAGCUAUGUAUCAUGCAUAUCAAAGGCAAGAGAGUUCGCUUCAGCUGAUUUCUCACCGUCUGUGUCUUGGUUUUAGUUUUUGUCAGAUUUGUUACGUGUGUGCCUGUUGUCUUACUGUAGCCUGACGGACCGAAUUGUGUCGACUGGGCAACAAAAACACAUAUGUAAUGCAUAUGAUCAUACGUAAACGCAAUGAGAACUAUUUUUUUCAAAUUUGUAAUUACCUUCUGUAUGGUUGUUAGCCGAUGAGAACACAACAUGCACUGUUAUUUAAUGUCUUUUAAUGCAAGCGAGAAAAGAAUGGAAAAUAAUAGAGGUGGGUUGGCUAACAGCUGCGGUUGUCACAGUACCUUACGCUUACUAACAAGUCACAGUGAUGAAGACCUUUAAAUACAAAAACGCAAACAGAUGCACAAAAAUCCCACAACGCCACGGGAAUUAAUGUAAACUCAUCUUAAAAUGAUGGCCAAGACCUACUCUUAAGUUUAUUAAGUUAUUUUAUUUUAAUGAUUAUUUAAAAAUAUAUAUAUUAUUAUUAUUAGUAUUUUCAUUUUGGUUGUGUAAAAUCGAUUGUCUUCAUUGACGAAAUUACAAUAUUUGACUUGACUUUACCAGCAUAUGACCUAAAGUUUAUUUAACAUCUGUUAUUUCAGACUAUAAUCAGCUCUUAUUUCCAAGUUCUUUCAUUUUCAACCUAGUUGUUUAUAUUUUAAGUCUUUUGUAAUAUGUUGUUUGGCACAUUGCACAAUCAGUAUCAGUUAUUAAAGGAAUAUUUUGGGUUCAAUACAAGUUAAGCUCGUCCCUCCUUUUCUUUAAAAUAAAAAAGCAAAAAUCGAGGUUACAGUGAGGCACUUACACUGGAAGUGAAUGGGGCCAAUCGGUAAACGUUAAAAUACAAACUGUUUCAAAAGUAUGGUAGGCGUAAACAAUAUGCAUGUUAACAUGAUUUUAGUGUGAUAAAAUCACUUAACCUUUUCUGUGUACAGUUAUAGACAAUUUUAAAACUUUGUUGCCAUGAUGCCGUAAAUCCUGUAAUCCUGGUAAACAACGAUUUCAACUUUACAGCUCAAAUAAUACAUGAUUUCUAACAGAAUUAAUUUCAGUGCUUUUAUAAAAUUAUAAGCUUAACAUUUCUGCCUUUAAACCCUCCAAAUAUUGGCCCCAUUCACUUCCAUUAUAAGUGCCUCACUGUAACUUCAAUUUUUGCUUCUUUUUUUUUUUUUAAGAAAAGGAGGGACGAGUCAAAAUAAAUGUUUAUGGUAAAAAAAAAAAAAUAUGUGAAAUUAUGACACAAAUGCUGUCGAUUGGGCUUAACUGGUACUGAAGUGCAACAGUUAAUGCUUCAACAACACCUUUGGAUGCAAUCAGAGAAACUGUACAUUGAAAGAAUAUUUAACUGGUUUAUUAUAAUGUACAUUUAACUUUUCCCAUUGUUUCUUAGUACAACCUCACCCCGUUUAAAUAUAUUUAGGUAAUACUCUAUAAUAACUUUUAUAUUAAUGAAUAAUUAACAAACAUCAUAUAAUGCUUAACAGAUCAGUAGUUUAUGUGGACUGAAAUAUUUGAUAUGAUAUUUGAUUUGAAUGAAAUAUUUACAUACAGUGGAAAGAAAAAGUAUGUGAACCCUCAGGAAUUAGCUGGUUUUCUGCAUUAAUUGUUCAUAAAAUGUUAUCUCAUCUUCAUCAAAGUCACAAGUAUAGAAAACACAAUGUGCUUAAGCUAACAACACACAAACUAUAAUAAUAUUUAAUGUCUUUAUUGAACACAUCCCAUUAAACAUUCACAGUGCUGUGGAAAUAGUAACUGAACCCUUGGAUUUAAUAACUGGUCGAUUCUCCUUUGACAGCAAUAACCUCAACCAAGCAUUUCCGGUAGCUUCGGAUUAGACCUGCACAACGUUCAGAAGGAAUUUUGGACCAUUCUUCCUUACAGAACUGCUUCAGCUCAGCCAUAUUCUUUGGCUGUCUGGUGUGAACGGCUCUCUUGAGGCCAUUCUGUAGUGGAUGUACUUUGAUGUUUAGAGUAAUUGUCCUUUUGCAUCACUCAACUUCUACUAAACUUCAGCAGCCACCAUGACAUUAUCCUAUAGGAUAUCUUGAUAAACGUAUUCAUUUUUCCCUCAAUGAUGGCAAGCGGUCAAGGCCCCAAAGCAGCAAAGCAGCCCCAAAUCAUGAUGCUCCUUCCACCGUACCUCACAGUUGAGAUUAUGUUUUCAUGUUGAUAUGUGGUGCCCUUUUUAUGCCAUACGUAGUGCUGCGUGUUCUUCCUAAACAAUUCAACCUUAGUUUCAUCAGUCCACAAAACAUUUUCCCAGUAGUGUUGUGGAGUGUCAAGGUGGUCUUUGGCAAACUUAAGGUGUGCAGCAAUGUUUUUGUUGGAAAGCAGUGGCUUCCUUCGUUGUGUCCUGCCAUGCAUACCAUGCCUGUUUAAUGUUUUCCAUAUAGUAGACUCUUGAACAAAUAUGUUAACCAGUUCCAAUGAUUCCUUCAAAUCUUUAACUGACACUCUAGGGUUCUUUUUUACCUCGAGCAUUCUGCGUUGUGCCCUUUGAGUCAUCUUGGAUGGACGGCUUUUCUAGGGAGAGUAGCUACAGUACUACAUAGUCUCCAUUUAUAGACAGUUUGUCUAACUGUGGACAGAUGAAUAUCUAAGCUCUUUGAGAUAACAUGGUAAUCCUUUCCAGCUUUGUGCAAAGCAACAAUUCUUGAUCGAAUGUCUUCUGAGAUCUCUUUUUGCAAGGCAUGGUCCAUGUCAGCAGAUACUUCAUUCAAAAUGUUUGAGUGCUUUUUAUGAGUCAAAGUAGCUCUAACCCACAACUCUAAUUUCGUUUCAUUAAUUGGAUGCCAGGUUUGCCAACUCCUGACUCUAAUUAGCUUUUGUUGACAUCAUUAGCCUAAGGGUUCACAUACGUUUUCUAACCUACACUGUGAAUUUUUGAAUGAUGUAUUCACAAUGCUGGUAUGUACAAGAACAAUACAAUAAUAUGUGCAUUAUUAGUUAAAACAGAUCAUUUAUACAUAAAUGCAGGAAAUUCCAAAGGGUUCAUAUAUUUUUCUUGCCACUUUAUAUACAAAUAUAUGAAUCAAAGUUUUGUGACAUUAAUGAUCUGUAAAGCUUUUUAUAAUGUAAUGUUUGUUAUUGUUUCGGUAACAUUUUGCAAUAAGGUUGUAUUCGUUGACAUCAGUUAACUGCAUUGGUGAACUAACAAUGAACAAUACUUUUUCAGCACUUAUUAAAUUUGGUAUAUGUUAAUUUUAACAUAUAUUCAUAAAUUUUUCAAAUUAAUAGUUGCAUAUGUUAACAAUGCAUUAUGAACUAACAUGAACCAACUAUGAACAAUUAUAUCUUUAUAAAUUAACAAUAACAAAGAUUUAUAAACGCUGUAGAGUUAUAUUGUUCAUUGUAAGUUCAUGAUUCCUAAUGCAUUGGCUAAUGUUAACAAAUAGAACCUUGUUGUAAAGUGUUACCAAGUUUUCAAAUGAAAGUUAUUAAUACAGUGCUACCAAUAUUUAUUCAGCUCAGUGAAUCAGUAGAAGUAAAAGGGCUAGCUCACACUCACAUAUUCAUUAGUAUGGACCAUAUUCACAGUAGCACCAUCUUUAAUUUUUGAUGGGAAUGACAACAAUGCUGUAGGGGAUAGAUUUACAGUCUCUUCAAUAGGUUGUACUGUUGUUUAAAGUGUUUUGAAUCAUUCUGCUGACAAACAUUUAAAUUAUAUAUAUAUAUAUAUAUAUAUAUUUCCCUCUCAGAUCUACAGUAUGCAUAUAUCAUCAUGAUAUAUGUCAUUCUGAUUGUUGAUGCAAUUGAAAUAUGGCAUUCAAAUGCAUACAGUAUGGUGUAUUAUAAAAUAGCCAGAUAUUUAUACUGAAAUCCUCUGGUCCUAUUUUUUGAACAAGCUGGUGAACCUCCAGAUGUGAACAGGAAAAUUAGUAUUUAAAUGAAAAGAUCUUCAGAUCCUUCAUAUAUCACAUCAACUCUAAAAUAAUCCAAAGGAGGAAUUCAAAUCUGUAUUUUAGGUAAAUAUCUUUUUGACAAAAUUGGAGGUGAAGGGGAUGUUUACAAGUGUUUCAGCCAAACAUCUGCUCAAGGAGAGGGCAUGAUUAAUUAUUUUCUGUACUUUUAAAUCAAAAAGAUGACUAUAUGAUUAUUAAUGAAAUGUAGAUUAUCAAUAAGAGAUUUAAGAGAUUAUCAAGAGAUUAUAAAAGCAUUGUUCAGAUAAAUCAUACAGUACAGUAUAAUGAAUGUAUGAGGUUUACUACAUGAAGAAUUAAUCAUCUAAUAUUUAUUUAUAGCUAUUGAUUGUUUUCUAAUUAUUCACUUCCGUGCAUGGUGUUCUAUGCAUACAUUGCCAUUUUCAAAUAAUUGUCUCAAUAAUUUCUGACAAAUGCACAACAUAAUAAUUAUGAAAGUGGCAAUAAUUAGCUCAUUCAAACUGUAUAGAUAAGUAUACUGAAUGUUUUUGAUGGUAUAUUAAUUUGAAAGAUCAUAUCGGAAAUAUAUGUCAGCGUUGCAUUUUUACACUACCUGUACUUUUCCAAUAAUUAUGCCACUAAUGUUGACAUUGCACAGGAAUACUGUCUUAUGAGUCAUAAUUCUCAGAACAACUACUGUCUGAGCAUACUAAAAACAAAUCUGAAAACAUAUUCAGUGUUCCAUGCACCACAUACUGUUAUUUUAAAAAAAUUGAAAGGUAAACACUGGUACAGUGAUGUUACCAUGUCAUUGCCGGUACAGGAAAAGUGAAUUUGUGACGUAUAGUCUCUUUUUACAGAAACCACUAGAAAAAUGCAAAAACUAAAUAAAGACCAAGGUAGUGCUUUAUAUGAUUUUUAUUUGGACAUUUGGUUCUAUACUGUGGAUUCUAACAACUGUGUGUGCAUGAGUCUGUGAAUCAAACAAACACGAGGUUAACACAUCGCUUUUGAAGUUGCAUCAUGGUCUGUGGAAUGCACAUCUGGUUGGUUAGGACAGUCUUGGCAAUAACCUUUGCUGAUUUGUUGGUCACUUAAAUUGAAAUGAAAAUGUUCUGUUUCUCUAAAGCAAGAAAAAACUUAAUUGUGCAAAGAGAUUCAUUAAUUUAUUGUACAUGAUUUGACAAACGUUCGGCUGGACUCCAAGCGUAUUCUGGUGUAUCAGUGCAUCAUGUAACAAACUAUAUAUAAAGGCCUAGUCAUCACCCCAGGAGAGUGAAGAACCACUUAUAAUGUAUAUAAUGUAAACAACUUAUUUUUUUUCUGUAGAGGUAUAAUACAAUGUUAGUGGGGAUGUUAAAAUGAUGUUAAAAUGACAGAAUGUUAGCAGUGAGCUUGUAUGUCUGUUUGCCACUGUGUGAAAACGUGCUGUCUACAAGUUUACACAUCGCUAUACAAAACUAUUUAUUCUGUGCUGGAAGACUUCUCACCUUUUCUUUUUUUUUUUUAAUUAAUCAGUUAUUUUGAGUUCACGAAACAUCACUGCCUAUCAAGAAAAAAAAAAAAGAAAAAAAAAAGAGGAAAUCCACAACUGUUGUUUUGUUUUUCUAUACAGUGCUUUUUGAAAGUGUACACUUGUGUGCUCCACUUCUGUACCGGUCAGUGUGUUUGCACUGGUACACACACAGACACAUGGGAGCUCUUGAACAAAUCAAAGUGGAUGUUCUCAUUUCACAUUUCUUGUACCCUUACACUGCAUGGAAAUCAUACAAUUUUUAAUAAAUUAUUGCAAAAAAAUGUUUUAUUAAUAAAAUAAUCAAAAUAAUCCUAUGUUCUUCAUCUAAUCUUAUUUGGAUUUUUUUAUUUUUUUUAUUUAUAUAUAUAUCCUGGAAAUAUUAUGGAAAUGGUUCACGCAAGUUGUCAUCAUUUACUCAACCUCAUGUCAUUCUGAACCUGUAUGGUUUUUUUCCAACUAUGAAACACAAAAGACGUUGUUCUUUUCCAUACAACGAAAGCAUACAGUUACUCUUAAGCUACAAAUUGGACAAAAAAACACCAUAAAAGUCAUCUGUGCUAUAUGCCAAGUCUUUUGAAGCUAUAUAUUAGCUAUAUGCUUCCGAAUGUUCAUGUACCCUGAAAUCGACUCCAUUCUGACGAAUUACAAGUGCCAUCCCCCAUCAGACAUUUUUGCUUCAAUUCAGGCAUGAUCAAUUUUUUUCUCCGGCACUACUGAUAGCUCGUUGCAUAAGCAACCUCCGAGCAAACUUGCUUUUGGCACCACUCUGUGGACAUUUCACCUGGAAGCUGGACAACACAUGCCCAUACGUUCAACACUUCCAGCUUCGACCACUGGGGUCAGUGAUUCAGAUUUCCAUAAGCACAGAAUGAUUUCUGCAGAAGAGCUUUCGACCUGUCACCAAAUUCACAAUGUGACCAGUAUGUAAAUUUAAUCAUUAUUCACUGAAAAUCUUAGGAUGCAUCUCAGUCAGCUCCUUAUGUCAUGAAUCAGUAUAUCGUGAAUACAAAUUAGGGCACUGGCAAAGGUGUUGAUCCACUGAACAUUGGGACACUUAUGACUCAAUUACCUGUGACACAAUAUAACUCUACUGCAACUCUUAAUAUUUAAAAUAUUUUUUUCCAUUUCAUUUACAUUAUGGAUGAAAGAUUAUUCUUUUUUAACCACUUGUGACCCCACGUCCACAUGUGUGGAUGUUGUAUUUUGGCUUCGCUCUAUGAAACGCAUAAUUUAAAUUAAUUUAAACUGACUGAAUACUGUUCACAAGACUCUAGAUUGUCAUUAAAAUGGUUAAACUUCUCCCGCACCGAGUCUCGUGACACAACAGCAUGAUGUCGAUUUCUGUGAAGUGCUUCUACGGGCACAGAGCCAACAAAAGUGCCUCUGGUACGAAACCUAUACGUUUUUUCAUGGAAACCUGUUUGGGUGUAAAGAGUAGAGUCUAUAGUUUCAUUUUGAUAUGCCUCUUUAAAAAUUAAUUUUGUUGUGGGUUAUUUUGGGACAUUAUUCCCUCAUAAGUAAAAAAACUAAAAAAGUUAGUUAUUUUAAAUAACAUUCAACAUUAGCACAUCUGUGGGUCAUUUCGCUUCAUUUUAAUGUAAAUGUUGUUAUCGCUGUACAAUGCGGUUCUAUUCAUUAAAAUUAGUAAAUGCAUUCCUAUAUUUGCUGUGCAUUUUCAGCACACUGAAGGUUAAGUCAUUCACUAAAUAGGGAGCAAGGGAGCAUCCUAUAGAUUUCCUAUGCAGCUAAGUGCAUUCACUCCUAAAAUCCGACCAAAAGUUCAGUUUCAGGCUGCGAUGUUUGGACCAUUCAACAUGUUUGGCAGACAUGGGACAAUGGUAAUCAGUACAUAGAUCCAGAAUUUAUUAUGUAUAAUCUUAUUUUAACAUGGUUGGCAGUGAUUGGAUGAUGCUGGAUAUUACUUUGAAUUAUAAUUAUUUGUGAAUUUUUGAUGUAUUGUCUGUAAUGUCUCAAAAACAUAAAUAACCAACACUCCUGGAAACAUAAUAAACAA